AUGACCUAUGAUGGCGUGCCACAUCUGGCAGCAAGAAUAAAGCCAAAGCAACAGAAGGUGGAGAUUGAUAUGGCCAUUAACACGAUGAGUCCUAAUUAUUGCCGCAGUAAAGGAGAACAGAUUGCCCUCAACGUUGAUGGCACUAGCAAUGAUGAGACCAGUACCUAUUCCACGAAACUUAUGGACAAACAGACAUUCUCAUCCAUACAAGCUGCAAGUAACACAAAUCGCUAUGCAGCUGCAUUAUAUAGAAAAGGUGAAAUUCACCUAACUCCUUUGUAUGGGAUUCUUCAGUUACGUCCCAGUUUUACGUAUCUGGACAAAGCAGACACUAAAUUCAAAGAGCGAGAAGCUGCAAAUGAUGCUGGAGAUUCUUCACAAGAUGAAGGUGAGGACGACGUAAAGCAAGUUACUGUGCGGUUUUCGCGUCCGGAAAGUGAGCAGGCAAAACAGAGGAGGGUACAGUCCUAUGAGUUCUUGCAGAAAAAGCAGGCUGAAGAGUCCUGGGUGCAUCUGCAUUACUGCGGGGUUAAGGACAGUCGUUCUGAACAUGAAAGACAGUACUUGCUUUGUCAGAAUCCAGGCAUGACUGAAAACACUGAGCUGAUAAAAUCCCCUAGUGAAUACCUUCAAAUGCUGAUGCCUCCCAGUGUUGAAGAAGAAACAGAGAAGCCUGUUGCACCUAGCAAUGUCUUGUCUAUGGCUCAGCUGAGGACUCUGCCAUUGGCUGACCAGAUCAAGAUUCUGAUGAAAAAUGUUAAGGUGAUACCUUUUGCAAAUCUCAUGGGCUUAAUGGCAGCAGGAACAGAAUCCAUUACAGUUCUUCGAUGUAUACAGCAGGUGGCGUUGUUGGUCCAAGGGAACUGGGUUGUUAAAAGUGAUGUGGUGUAUCCAAAGGAAUCAUCAAGCCCACAUAGUGGUGUUCCAGCAGAAGUUCUAUGUCGGGGAAGAGAUUAUGUUAUGUGGAAGUUCACUCAGGAUCGGUGGGUCGUAAGGAAAGAGGUGGCUGCUGUGACAAAGCUUUGCCAAGAAGAUGUGAAGGAAUUCCUGGAUCAUAUGGCCAUCCCCAGAAUCAACAAAGGCUGGGAGUUCAUGUUGCCUUACGAUGAGGAUUUUAUGAAGAAGCACCCUGAUGUAGUUCAAAGGCAGACAAUGCUGUGGAAGGGAAUACAAGCCAAGCUUGAGAAGGUUUUCAACUUGUCAAAGGAAGGUGUGAUGCCUAAAAAGACAGAUGCAUCUUCAGCUCCAUAUACGGUGAUCUCUGGGGACCAGGUGGUGAAUAUGGCAAGAGUCAAGGCCAAGGAGAACCAAGCCAGGUUGGAGAAGGACUUGCAGCGGAAGAGAGAGCAAACCAAGCAGACUUCCCAUGUGGCAGUUGUGGCUGAUGUCCAUAUUAAAGAGGAACCAAUGAGUGAUGAGGAAAGCAUGGACACUUCAACAUAUGACAAUCUGAACAAUGGCUUGGUCAAUGGUGUCCAUACGGAUGAAAACUCACACGAAUCCGUGAAUGGUCCUGUCUCUAAAGGAGACAAAGAUUUAAUAGCAAAAGAACUGAACGAGUUUGUGGCUUCUAUAUUUAAGAAGCAGUAUGUUUUGACUAUGAGUGAACUUAAGCGUUUAUUUAAUCUUCAUUUGGCCAGUCUUCCUCCUGGACACACACUUUUUAGUGGCAUCUCAGACAAAAUGCUUCAGGAAACGGUUUUAACCUCUGGCUGUAAACAAAUCAUGGUGCCUGUAAGUAUACUCUCUUUUCAAAGAAAACCAUAG